GGUUUCUUUGACUACUCCAUCUCCAUCUAUUUUCUCUCUCUCUCUCUCUAUAUCUUCUCAGAGAUCCAGAGAAGGGGGAGAGUGGAAACACAGAGAAAGAGCGAACAGAGACUCACAGUGGCAGAGCUUGAGCUAGCUCUGAAACGACAAUGGCGGUUUCUUUGAGGGGGUUCUCUCUGUGUUUUGUGCUUCUGUUGUUGCUUGUCGGCGUAAUGGCGAGAGUAGGGAAAGAGCAGGUUUCCGAUUCGAGGACUGAGGGCACAGAGCAACUGCAGAGUUCGAAGAAUUCAACAAUGGAGGGGAGGUUGGAGGAGACUGAACCCUGGAAUGAGCACGCUGUCGACAAUCCAGAGGAGGUGGCUUCAAUGGUGGAUAUGAGCAUUCGUAACAGCACAGAAAGGAGGAACCUGGGCUACUUAUCAUGUGGAACGGGCAAUCCCAUCGAUGACUGCUGGCGCUGUGACCCUCAGUGGCACCUCCACCGCAAGCGCCUAGCCGACUGUGGCAUUGGCUUUGGACGUAAUGCUAUUGGUGGUCGUGAUGGCCGCUUCUACGUUGUCACUGACCCUAGUGAUGAUGACCCCGUCAACCCCCGCCCUGGCACCCUCCGUUAUGCUGUCAUCCAGGACAAGCCCCUGUGGAUUGUAUUCAAGCGUGAUAUGGUCAUCACACUUAAGCAGGAGCUCAUCAUGAACAGCUUCAAGACCAUCGACGGCCGUGGCGUCAACGUCCACAUUGCCAAUGGGGCGUGCAUCACCAUCCAGUUUAUCACCAAUGUCAUCAUUCACGGCCUCCAUAUCCAUGAUUGCAAGCCCACCGGCAAUGCUAUGGUUCGGAGUUCCCCAUCUCACUAUGGCUGGAGAACAAUGGCUGAUGGUGAUGCUGUCUCCAUCUUUGGGUCUAGCCACAUAUGGGUUGAUCACAAUUCUCUCUCCAACUGCGCCGAUGGCCUUGUUGAUGCUGUCAUGGGCUCGACUGCCAUCACCAUUUCCAACAACUACUUCACCCACCACAACGAGGUGAUGCUCUUGGGUCACAGCGACUCUUACACGAGAGACAAGCAGAUGCAAGUGACCAUCGCAUACAACCAUUUUGGAGAAGGCCUCAUUCAGAGGAUGCCUAGGUGUAGGCAUGGUUACUUCCAUGUGGUGAACAACGAUUACACGCACUGGGAAAUGUAUGCAAUCGGUGGAAGUGCAGACCCCACCAUCAAUAGCCAGGGAAACCGAUAUCUUGCCCCGACCAAUCCAUUCGCCAAGGAGGUGACAAAGAGGGUAGAUACAUCAUCCGGUGUAUGGAAGAAUUGGAAUUGGAGAUCCGAGGGAGACUUGCUUCUGAAUGGAGCCUACUUUACCCCAUCCGGAGCUGGGGCCUCCGCCAGUUAUUCAAGGGCCUCGAGCCUGGGCGCCAAGUCCUCUUCCAUGGUGGCCUCCAUUACUUCUGGUGCUGGUGCUCUGUCCUGCCGCAGGGGCUCUCAGUGCUAGUAUCAACCAAUGACAACCCCAAAAAGGAAAAAAAAAAAGAGAAGAACCGAAUUUUUCUUUCUUUUUUUAUUAUUAUAGCGUCCUACUUAGUUCCCUGCAAUUCUGAUCCUCUGCUCCAUCUCUGUACCUGUUCCUACUUGACAAGUGUACAUUUUUUACACAUGUCAUUAUGUUGUCAGAGCCAUUAUAUCCAUUAUUCCUCUAGUCUGUUGUCUCCUGCCCAACCUCGGCAGCUCGGCCUGCUUCAAUUGAAGAAAAAUUUCAUCCUUGGAGCAGGUGCGGAAGCGUGUUCAUUUCUCCCUUUAUUUUGUUCUUUACUCCCAUCUUCACCUCCCUAUAUCAUCAGUCUCCUCCAUCAGAUCUCCACCCUCUACUACUUGGUACCCUCUCCCGUCUUGCAGUUACAGUACAAUCAAGUCUUUCUGUCUCGGCAUAGUAUCUCUUCUUCUGGGUUAUAGGGAUUGGAUGAUUUUGUGAUUCUUUCUUCUUUUAAAAGGUCAUACAUGCAAUAGUAUUAAUGUUGAUUUGGGUAUUGGAAACUCUGUUACAAAUGAUGAUGCAUAGCAGCAAAGAUUCUCUACUUUCUUUUACCAGUGAAUAGUUUUUCGUCCUUUUCUUGUUCACUUGUGUGGUUUUGGUUUUUUUGUUACAAUCUCCAGUCUGUUAUAUUUUCUGGGUGUGCUAGAUUAUGAUGUGUGUGUGUAGAGAGAGAGAAAACGAGAGGCACUUGUUCAUCUGUUUUUGCUUUGGUUUGCUGAGAAUUCACAUGUUAGGGGGUUUGGCUUUGAUUGCA